GAGGAGUAGAAAGAAGACAAAAAAGAACGUGUAUUGUAACCAACCCAUUAUGUCCAUAAUCUCUAUAAAAGGAAACUCAAGACAAGAACACAAAAGCAAGAAGAUCAGAAACAACACAAAGAUGAAAACAUUCCAAUUGAUGAUGAUCUCUUUCUUGUUCGUUGCAAUAACAACAACAUCCGGUGUGGUUAGUGAGGGUAACGACGUAGUUUAUGACGGCGAAGGAGAUCCGGUUAAGCCCAACGUUCCAUAUUACAUCAGCUUCAUGACGUCGGAUUACAACAUGUGGAUCUGCCGAAUGCAAUAUGGAUCUACUGAUCCCAACUCAUGCCCACAACAACCGUUAAUGGUCACUCAUCCAAAUUUAGCAGCACCAACACCAGUUAUGUUUGUAUUAGCAAACAAGUCAGAUGUCGUACGUGAAUCAGCCAAACUUAAGAUUAAGUUCGUAGGUCCCCGUCAGUGUGGUAAAUCCGGGUUUUGGAAAGUAGUUCAGAGAAACUCUUCAGAAGGUGAAGUAUUCCUCAACGGAUCUAAAUCUAUGUCACACAAUGACAGCACAUUCGCCAUCCACAAAACUAACGAAUACUACAAGUUUACUUUCGGUGACGGUGACUAUCCAACGACUAUCAGUAUGACCAACGACUAUCCGAUAUAUAGGUUGUUAUCGAAGAGGUUAUCUGGAGAGAUGGAGAUUUAUUUCUACAAGAACCUGACUACGAGUGAAGGCUAAAAUGUUCUGUUUUCACUUACCUUUUUAUAUAAUGUUUUCAUUUCUAAAAUCAAAUAAAACUUGUUGUAAUAACAUGAUAAUCAAACAAACUAAACUCGGAGAUCAUAAAGUUGGUUCAUCUAUUGCGUAUUCAUGUUAGUAAUUAGUAUUACACUACUAUUUAAGUUGUUUUUAUUUAUUUUUGCUUUCUCUUUUACAAUAUAUAUAUAUAUAUUACUAAAUGCGAUUGCCAAAAAGUUUAAUCGA